AUGGGGGAGUCGAUCCCGCUGGGCGCGCCCGUGCCGGUGGAGCAGGCCGUGCUGGAGACCUUCUUCUCCCACCUGGGCAUCUUCUCGUACGACAAGGCCAAGGACAACGUGGAGAAGGAGCGCGAGGCCAACAAGAGCGCGGGCGCCAGCUGGCUCGCGCUGCUGGCGGCCCUGGCGCACCUGGCCGCCGCCGAGAAGGCCUACCACAGCAUGACCUUCCUGGGACAGAAGCUAGGUGGUCAGUCAUUCUUCAGCCGAAAGGACUCCAUCCGAACCAUCUACACGUCGCUGCAUAACGAGCUGAAGAAGGUGGUGGCGACGGGGCGCAAUGCACUAGGAGGAACAGCUCCUCACUUGGAAGAGCUGCUUUCUCACCUGUCUGAACAGCUCUGUUUUUUUGUUCAGGCUCGGAUGGAAAUUGCUGACUUCUAUGAAAAAAUGUACACGCUCAGCACCCAAAAGUUCAUUAACUCUGAGGAACUCGUAAACAUUUUGGAGUCCAUCUUAAAGAAAUACAGCUCCAGGUUUCACCACCCAAUCCUCAGUCCCCUGGAGAGCAGUUUCCACCUGGAGGUGGAUGUGCUCGCGCACCUCCUGAAGGCUCAGGCUCAGAUCUCGGAGUGGAAGUUCCUUCCAUCCCUGGUCAACUUGCACAGUGCUCACACGAAGCUACAGACUUGGGGCCAGAUUUUUGAGAAGCAGCGGGAGACCAAGAAGCAUCUGUUUGGAGGGCAGUCCCAGAAGGCGGUGCAGCCCCCGCACCUCUUCCUCUGGCUCAUGAAACUCAAGAACAUUCUCCUUGCCAAGUUCAGCUUUUACUUUCACGAGGCCCUCAGCCGCCAAACAACCGCGUCCGAAAUGAAAACCUUGACUGCCAAAACAAACCCUGACUACUUUGGGAAAAUCUCUAGUUUCAUCCGGAAAUACGACGCUGUCAACGUUUCCCUCAUCUUUGACAAUCGCGGGUCGGAGAGUUUCCAGGGCCACGGGUAUCACCACCCCCAUUCCUACCGGGAGGCUCCCAAAGGAGUGGAUCAGUACCCUGCCGUGGUGUCUCUGCCCAACGACAGGCCUGUUAUGCACUGGCCCAAUGUCAUCAUGAUCAUGACUGACAGAACCUCUGACCUCAACAGCCUGGAGAAGGUUGUUCACUUCUAUGAUGACAAAGUCCAAAGCACCUACUUUCUAACUCGCCCGGAACCUCACUUUACCAUUGUAGUUAUUUUUGAGUCUAAGAAGUCAGAGAGGGACUCUCAUUUCAUUUCUUUUCUCAAUGAAAUCUCACAUUCCCUAAAGAACUCCAAAGCUUUUGCCAGCUUGAAGCCUGGAUCCAAAGGGUAAAAUGCUUGCAAGUCAUCCAGGCAGUGUGCUAGCCUUGAGGGAGCUGCAGUUCUCAAAGAUUACAUAAAAUUCAUGAUUCUCAGAGUCUAAUUAAAAAGAAACCAUUAUUUUUAGUAUGCUUUAAGUUCCUUUUUUUUUAAGCUAACAAGAAACUUGAAAAAUUAUUUUUGGGCACUGUUUGGUGGGACAGCUUAAUUGUGGGAUGCUAAAUAACCACAGUGGUUUUCAGUUUACCAUAUGAAUAUUUUUCAGUCCCUGACUACUUUGCCCAUAUCAAAAUGGAAUAUAUGCACUUUAUCAUAAUCUACUCAUUGACUCUUUUACAGAGUUUAUUGAAAAUGUGAUUAGGAUGGAAGAGUCUAUCUUUCAGAAAGCUAUAUUGCUUGAGGGGAUUUGUAUGUGGGAACUAAGUGCUGAUACAAGGGAAUAUUGAAACACACAAACUUGUAAGAACACUUAAAAAAAUUAAAAACAUGCCUCACAGAAAGCACUCUUGUUAAUUUAGUUUUCAAAUGCUUUGAAAUGAUUGUUGAGAUCUCUGACACUUCCUGUUAAACCAAACCUUUGUUACGGGCAAGGUGUCAAGUUUUGCUGCUGCUCCAGCAUUCCAGUUCCCGCCAGUUAAGCAGAGCAGGGCUGG